AUGUAAGACUCAAAUAGAAAUAGUUUAGAAAAUGAAGGUUGUUGGAAUAGAUUUUGCAAUAAAAUGAAAAGUCUUUAUUCCUAGAUAAGAGGUUAAACGAAUAGAAGAAAUAACUCAAAUUCUAUAAUUAAUAAUGAUCAUAUAUCCUAACACUCGCAAUAAUAAAAUGUUAGGGAAGAAAUAUAAGUAAUUGGUGCAGAAGAAAUAUAAGUAGUUAAUGUAGAACAAAUAUUAAUAAUUCCUGAAAUACAAUAAGAAUAAAAUUUAUAUUUAUCGGAUAGAAAGUCAUUAAAUAACAACUUUAUUGUUUGUCCUUUUUGUGAAUAAGAAAUGUAAGAAGAUGUCUAUCAAAUUCAUUUAAAUAUGUGCGAAUAAUAAAUAGGGAAUUGUAAUUUGAUUGAAUAAGAAUGUUAAUAAUGUGGUUAGAAAAUAGUUAAGCUUUAUUAUAAUGAUCAUCUUGAUAUUUGUGAAGCUAAUUGUUGGAUCUAAGUUAAAUGUCCUUAUUGUUUUAUUCCUGUAUUUAAAGUUGAUCUUUAUGAUCAUACAUAAUAAUGUCCAAUAUUCUUAAAUCAGUAAAAUAAAGAAAAAGAGGGAAUACAUAAUUGUACAAUCUGUUUAGAAGAUAUAAUAUAAAAUUAAACUUAAUUGAACUGUUCUCAUGUUUUUCAUGAAGAUUGUAUUCAAAAUUGGCUUACUCAAAAUUAAAAAUGUCCUAUAUGCAAAAGACCUUAUAUUAAGUGA